UUCACAGCGUCCGCCGAUCUUUUAGCUCCGCGCCGUCGAUCCGAUCGGUUGUGUUUUUCAGUCGUCCGACACUCGACCACCCGAGUACAUACGCCGCGCGAGUCUCCCGAAUAUAAUUAAUAAUAGUUUUUCGUUUGAUUUCCGCGGACAUCGACGGCGCAUCGAACGUAUUUUCUGUAACGGUUUCAAGAUAGUUUUCGAUUUCCCCCCCCCAUCAUAUUUUUUAUUUAUUCGAUUAUACAUCAGAUCCGCGCCGAACACGACUCCACAUCUAUACUAGCACGGGACGCCGUCAAACACUUGUUGUUCGUUGUGUCGGACACUCGGAACAUGUGCUAGCACUUUUCAAUUUGUGAUUUACGCGAAAAUGACAUCAACAAAUUGUUUACCAAAUAUGGUUCAAGCUAUCACGGUUCUCACUGUUCUAAAAAUGUUAACAAACGCACAAACAACGUGCAACCAAGGCAUCGGCCGAAUCGUUUACGAAAGACUACCAGACCAACAGUUACAAGGAUUCGACGACGACGUAGUGCGCGACACGGCUCCGCCAUUCCGGGUACUGGAAAAAUGCCAAGAGCUGUGUCUUCGUGACCGCACGGCUACCAACAACCUGGUAAGGACAUGCACGUCGUUCGACUUCCAGCCAGGCAGCAGGAUCGCGUCGUUUAGUGGCACUGUGGAGUACGAAGAGUCCACAUGCUAUUUGACCAGGGAACAGGCGCACCCCGAAGGCAUUGGCGUCCUGGUACUAGUGCCCAAUAGCGUGCACUACACCGAAGUCUGUCUGUCGUCUAGUAGAAUUGAAAGAGAAUGUCCGAACAGACAUUAUGUUUUCGAAAGACACACCAGGAAGAAACUUAAGUUACCACCUAGUGAAUACAAGGAAAUGAUAGCAGCCAAUCGGACAGAUUGCGAAGACAAGUGUUUGAAUGAAUUUACGUUUGUUUGCCGAUCGGCUACUUACGACUCAGCAUCCAAGACUUGUUGGCUAAGCAGGUUCACCAGAAGAUCGCAUCCGGAAUUGUUAGAAGAAGAUCCUAGUUCCGAUUAUUUAGAAAACACGUGUCUCAAUGUUGAAAGACGUUGUGAUGGACCGGUUAUAUUUGUAAAAGAAGAAAAUAAGCGGUUGGGUGGACCUUUUGAAGUGGACAUAUUUGCUAAUCUAUCGUUGAUUGAAUGUCAAGCGCAGUGUUUACGAGCUGAAAAAUAUUUUUGUCGGUCAGUCGAGUAUGACGAGCAAAUUCGUCGGUGUAUUAUAUUUGAAGAGGAUUCGAUGUCACAGAAGGAUGACCUAAGAGUGAGCAGUAGUCCGACACAUGACCUAUACGACCUAGUCUGUCUAGACAACCGUGGUGAUUUGCUUACAGCCAAAGGCAACGAGUUCUCAGACAACACGUUGACGUCACACCUUUUCGCCGACGGACGAAGACCAGACACAGCGUUUCAACGGUACCGGAACAGCAGACUCGGUGGCGAAUUUCAUUCAGAAAUCACUGGACGGUCGUUGAGUGAAUGUCUGGACGAAUGUCUGCGACAAGUGAGCUUCCAAUGUCGGUCGGCCGUCUAUAGCGAACGUUUUAGAAUUUGCCGGCUCAGCCGUUUUAACCAGAGGGAUGGGCAUCGUGUGAUAUACGACGCAGAUUAUGAUUACUACGAAAACUUAAUGAACGGGGGUGCUACUUCACCACCGUUCACAAGACCUGAUCCUUUGGGACAAGGAUCGAAUUUUCUAGGUAGUGGUAAACCACCUUAUCCCACACCUGGGAAACCAAUAGGAGGUGGAUUUGGUGGCGUUUAUGGAGGAGGAUCGUAUCCUGGUUAUUCCAGUACUUCUGGAAGUGGAAUAGGCGGAGGAGGUGGUGGAGGAGGAGGAGGAGGUUUAAGUUCAAGUAUCGGGCCCUAUCCUAGUGAAGCACCUGGAGGAUAUUGGGGCCAUGUUGGAGGUCAUGGAGCGGACAUACCUCCUUUUCUGGGACAAGGAGGUGGAGGAAUGGGUGUCAAUAAUUAUGGAUUUGGAUCAACACCAGCUGUUAUUGGGUCGUCAAUACCACCCUACACACCUUCGGCUAUACCAGGUGGACUACCACCGAUUGGAGGACCACCUCUUGGACCUCCUUUAGGCAUACCAUCUGUGCCAGGAUAUUAUGGCGGAGGUGUUGGUGGCAUUGGAGGAAUUGGUGGAAAUGGAAUUGAUGCUAAUAGACCGUUCAACAUAAGAUGUGACGAAUCUGAUGGAUUUAAACAGAUGGGUGUGCGAAUGCGAAUGGCAAGAGGACUGAUUAAGCGUUUUAUAACUGCACCUACAUUAUCACAUUGUGAACGUGAAUGCUCGAUGGUCAGAGACUUCAACUGCCGAUCAUUCAAUUACAGAACCGCACCAUACGGGACGCAGAGAGAAAAUUGCGAGUUGAGCGACCAGGAAACACGAUUUGUCGACAUGGGAAAUCCGGCAUUCUUCGAGAACGCGCCGGAAUACGAUUUUUACGAAAAAUCCGCUAUGGGCAGUAGAAUCAGUCAAGAGUGUUUGGACGUGACCCAAGUGUGCAGCGAAGACGGAAUGGAAUUUACGCUGCGUACACCAGAAGGAUUCUUAGGGCGAAUAUAUACGCAUGGAUUUUACGACAGAUGUUUCUACAGGGGUAAUGGUGGAACCGCAAACGUUUUACGGAUUAGUGGUGCUCAGGGAUAUCCAGAUUGUGGAACUCAGCGGUAUGGAGAUACAAUGACCAACAUAGUCGUGGUACAGUUCAGCGAUUACGUGCAGACUAGCCGAGAUAAGCGAUACAACCUGACAUGUUUAUUUCGAGGCCCAGGGGAGGCUGUCGUCACUUCGAGCUACAUGACCGCAAAUUCUGGAAGCCCGAUUCCUAUCGAAUACUUACCGGCCGAGAACUCACUGAGUUCGCGUGUGCGGCUGAUGAUACUGUUCCAGGGCCGGCCUACGCAAACCAUUGCUGUGGGAGACCCGUUGACAUUCCGACUGGAGGCUCAAGACGGAUACAACUACGCCAGUGACAUUUUCGCCACCAACGUCAUUGCUAGGGAUCCGUACAGUGGUAGAAGUGUACAGUUGAUAGAUCGUUACGGAUGUCCCGUGGAUAACUUUGUAUUUCCCGGGCUGGAUAAGGCUCGGGAGGGUGAUGGCUUAGAAGCGAGAUUUAACGCUUUUAAAAUCCCAGAAUCGAAUUUCUUGGUGUUUGAAGCGACCGUCAGGACAUGUCGGGACGGGUGUCAACCGGCGUAUUGUACAUUGCACGCCGGAAGAACGGAACCGUCGUUGGGCAGACGUCGCAGGGACGUGGGUGGUAUCGAUAAAAACGAAACGACGGUAGAAAAACAAAAAGAAUCAGCAGAAACAACACCCGGCGAAGAAGAGAAAGUGCGGCAAGUCAUCGAGGUGUACGAAAGUCGAUACGACAUGCCUUUGGAACAACUUCUGACCUCAGAACCGGCACCUCAGAGCGUCUGUUUGACGAGCAGGGAAUAUUACAGUAUGGUAUUUUCACUGUUCAUGUUUUUGGUACUCUUGAUCACCGUAUCCAUGUCAGCUGGAAUAUACUACAAGCGUUAUUGGCUGUUGGCGACUAAAAAUGAAUUGGCGAACAACAGUUGUCUGGGCAGCACGGCCAACUGUAGCAGCGGAUCGACAGGGAGGAUGUCGUUUUCGGGCCGUAGCUUUUUCUCGAACAUGUCGUUUGGAAAACGCAAACCGUUCCUGAAUAUAAGAGCUCCUGUGGAAACGAUGGAAACGGGAUCGGCCAAUCCAACGGCAAUGGUAGUUGGCGGCGGAGGUGGAGGUGGCGGCAAAGGAUUCGAAGACCCGAGCGAACCUAUUUACACGGACCCGUCGCUGUUCGAGCGAUCCCGAAGCCUGCGCAGCAUUGCGUACUCGUCGGCCGGUCAAAACGUGUUCAAAAAUGAAGCCUUCUGUCACUGAUGCCGAUUCCAUCCAAGAUUUUUAUAGAUUUAUGCCUACAAAUUAUUGUUAUGUAUCAUCCAAUGCGUCCAAAAUAUCAGAUAAAACGUUACCGGUAAACGUGACGAAAUAAUAAUAUUAUCAUACCUCCAUUCGAGUUUCGCCGAGCCCGUCACCACAACAGUGCAACACGCGUACCUACUAUGAUAUUCCAAAUAUUAUGAUAAUAAUAAUAUUAUGUUGUAUUGUCCUUCCUUGCCUAUCUAAUUGUAAUCGAAUGUAAUUUUUUUUUUUUGUGUGUGUUUUUGUCGAUAAAUUACCUAUAUUAAUUUAUUAUCGAUCUUAGGAUUAAAAUUUAAAAUCGCACAAGCCGUUUUGCUACGGCACUAAGUUUACUCGAGCAAUUUUUAUUUUUAGAUUUUUUUCUCGGUAGUAGGUUAGAAUAUAAUAUUACAAUAUGAUAUAAGUACCUACACAGUUUGAAUUCAACUUACACAUGUUCGUUAUCACGUUUUUUUUUUUAGUUAUCGUCUCUAUUGAAAUUGAAGCUUCCAUUGUAAUUUAAAAUACAUAAAGCCCAAUUUUAGUGGCACGCGUUGAAGAAUAAUAUAAACUAUACUAUUGUAUAGACACAAUAGCGGAUUUAACCGAUGCAUUAUCUUCGACGUCGUUUAUCCGUAUCAUCAUUUUUUUAUUUACUUAUUUAUUAUUUUUCACAAUCAAUUAUUUUUCGUAUUAUUUUAGUUUUAUUAAGGUGGACGUCGGGUGUCUCAGUCAAAAGUACAUCGUGAAUAGAUUUUAUUAAAAAAAUACUUACUUAAUUUUAUAUACUUACAUUUCAUUAUUCCGUUAACGAUUUAUUUUCCUAAAUAUAUUGAAUACCUGAUGUAUUAUUUUUUCUAAUCAAAGCAAACAUAUUAUUUUAAUGUCUGUAAACAGUUUUAUGACGCUUCACGCGUAGGUAUAUUGGUAAUAUUAUAAAUAUAUGCUUAACUUGUACUACACGACUGCUCUUCGCUGAGGUACUUGGGUGUUAUUACUUUUUAUAAUAUUGUUUUUUACAUAAAUAUUACCAUAAUUUAUAACUAUUAUUAUUAUUGUUAUUAAUACAACUUACUAUAUUAUAAUUGUUUAUCCAUCAUAGGUUAUUUAUUUUAUGAAUACUUUAGUUAACCGUCACAGUUAUUAAUGCCAAUAAAAUAUAUCUUUAAUAAAU